AUGAAACAUACGAUCUCUUUUAGAAUGUGGGAGAUGAAGAGAGGCUUGAUCAUCAAACUCUAUCAAGAGGAAGAAUGGCCUUUAAAACAAGUUCUUAAAAGAAUUCGUUCGGAGACAUUCAACCCAAGUGAGACUCAAUUACGGAGUCGCUUGAAGAAAUGGGGUGUCACCAAGCUAUCUCGUCGCCGCAGUCAGAACAAAUUUAUCAUGAGUCACCAUGAAGACCUGAGCAAUGAAAGCGGCUUCAAGUCGCCUGCUCACAGUGGGGAUGAAAUGGUACAUUCAGCAACCAUGAGCCAUUCUACGUCUAGGGACGACUUUUAUACGCCUGAAAGGGGUGAUACUAUGCAUGAUACGCAAAGAGCGACUGGAACUAUGCCACACAAUGCUUUCCAUUCUUCUGCUACAGCCAUGUCAGCGAUCAGCCCAUCUUGGGAGUAUCAUGACGUUUCUCCUGGAUACGGUCCACGGUAUAUACAUCCUGGUCUCGACUAUUACAGCCCUGCCAUGGAGCGUUCAAGAGCGGAACUAUCAUCCUCACCAUGGGCUAUGAAUAUGAGCUAUGGCAUGCUACCAGAGGAUGACUCUGCUGCUCGGUUCUACACUACUGCACACUCUGGCAUGUUCAUGCACCAGCCAGCGCAGGCCACAGCUUUCCCAACUCAAUCGGAUUGGUUUCACACUCCAGAAUGCCAAUUGAUAUACCAGCCAUCAUAA